AAGCACUGCAUUCUCGUCUCUGAUUGGACGCCACUGAAGCAUGAAGAAUUUGCAUAUAGCAGACUGGAGCACACACAAGCCUCUGCACCCACAGGAGUGUAAAUUAUCCAGCAGAGAACAGGACUACAGGCUAUGCUCUUAAGUAAUGAGAUGGAGAAAUCUGAAAAAGUACCAGAACUAAAAGUGUUUUCCAACACAAAUAAGACUGAAAAUACCCCUAGACUUUUAAACCCUGGUAUCACAGUAAACCAAAUUUUUCAUGCUGAUCCACAUCAUGCUAGAUUCAUACCGACCUGUUGCAUGGAUGCAGAUUAUUUCUGCCAAAAUAGAUCAUGUAGAGUUGGAGAUGUGAGCAAAGAGUUUAGGAGUCAGCCAGCUCGUGAUGCACAGCAUGUAGAGCUGAUGCAGCAAGGAGACAGAGGAGCAACUCCUGCCAGGAUGAAUCUCCAUCAUCGCCCUCGUCCUGCAGAAACCAGGGAGGGUGAUACUAGAGCAGAGUGCUGCUGUAAGGACUUUGGACCUAACCGGUGUGGAACUACAGAUCAUGCAAACAGAGACACAACUAGGGGUGAGGAUGAAUACAAUUCUCAGACUCAGAGUGAUGAAGAGGAUCUUGAGCCUCCCUUACCGCUAAGAUCUGAUGAUGAGUGGCAACACUACAGACCCCUUCUACCUCCUCACCACUACAUGGACAACUAUGAUCUUCAUCAUACUAUGGAUGUCAGGUAUUAUCACUCUGCAGGGGAAGCCCAGUACAACCUCAGUCCAGUCAACAGAUACCCUCCUCAGCCACGUCACCACUCUGCUCCCUGCCACCACAGAAGACCCUGCGAUGACUCCCAAAACUGGCAACGACGUAAUGGUAACUUCAUGAAUGACAGCGUGGCUCAGGGAAGUGUCUCGGUUAACGUGCCUCACUUCUCCGUCCCUCCCCUGGAGGGUGUGUCACAGGUCAGCGUGAUGAACCUGAGCUCAGCAGGAGCAGAGGCGUCUGUCUCACACCCACAGGAGAAAAGAAGAACCAUCAGUCUGCCUGAUGAGUGCAGAAACGUUUUCAUAACUUAUUCUUCGGACCUUUCUUCAGAGAUAGUCCCCUUUGUAGACUUCCUCGCAAAGAAAGGUUUUCGACCAGCAAUUGACAUAUUUGACAACCCCAUCAGACGCAUGGAUAUUAACAAGUGGAAGGACAGUUACUUGAAAGAUCCAUCGACCCUGAUUAUCAUCGCCAUCAGUCCAAAGUAUAAGGCAGACAUUGAAGGAUCUGUAGUGGAUAGCCAUGGUCUACACACGAAAUAUAUUCACGCCAUGAUGCAGAAUGAAUUCAUCCAGCAAGGCAGCUUGAAUUUCAGAUUCAUACCGCUUCUCUUCCUCAAUGCGUCCCAGAGGGACAUCCCAUGUUGGCUUCAGAACACUCAUGUUUACCGCUGGCCACGAGACACUGAGGAUUUGUUACUGAGGCUGUUCAGGGAGGAAAGAUACGUUCCUCCUCCUGUUCCUCUGGAGCUCACCCUCAUCAUCAGGCCUGUGACCCUCAGUGCUGCAGCUACACUGUAAAGACACACCUGUACCCUGGUUCAUGCGUGUGUAUAAUAAUUUGUUUCUAGCUGAUUUUAUUUUGAGUUU